UAGUAUUAGUUGGUUAAGUGCUGCCGAAAAAGAUGAGUCUUUAGAUGUUUCUUGAAAAUGAGUAAAGACUCAAGAGGUCAUUCCACCAGCUAGGCGCUCUUUUUGUCUCCAUGUUUUUCUGUGAUGCUGCUGCUCCAAUGAACAUUUCUUAACCAGUGGCCACACCAUAAUUUUUUAUGGUGCAGUGAUAGAUAAUCUUAAGUAUUAGAAGAGAAUUCAGUCUUAUGAAUUCAGAUUAUUGAGGUGGUUUAUUGCAGCAUGGUUACAGAAAUGUUAAUUUUUUAUGUUAGAAGAAUAUUAGAGGAUUUUUCUCCUUAUGCAAUUGCUCCAUAUCAAAAGGGGCACAUUAUUACCUUUUAAAAGGAUGGCAGCUUUUGAAAUUUUUUUCCUGAGGGUUUAUUUUAUCUGCUCUUAUACAGGUUUGCAUUUUAUGGCAGAUAUUUCUAGGUAAUUUCCAGUAUAGGUAUAUCUAUUAAAAAAGGACUGUUUAUCUUAGAUAUGUUUGGCUCUUAGACUCUCAUGUAUCUCUUUGGUUAUAUUAUCAAUGUUAAGCCAACAGUAGUCUACAUGUCUGUUUCUGGACUAUAGUUAUCUCCCCUUUAUACUUGUUUGCAUUUUACUGGUAGAAAAUAUUUCUAGGUCAUUUUCAGGUAGCUAUAUCUACCUAGAAUAUUGUGUAUAGCAUUUGUAUAAUAUAUGGGCGGUCUUAAAAUCACAGCUAUAUUAAGACGAUUCACCUUGGUUUACCAUCCUCGGUGCUCCAACCUUGGUCUUGAAUACCCAGCUGAAGAUUUGCAGUGAGACUGCAGAAAAGAAGGAACUGGCAGAAUGGCAGAUUCUCAGAUUUUUCACAAACCAACACAGUCCGCAAUUACUCAAGGGAUACCAAUCACAGGGGGCUUGAAGGAAGGGAAGACUAUUGUCAUAAUUGGACGGAUUUUGUCAAAUGCUCACAAAUCAUAUAUCAGCCUCAAGGAUGGUACUCAUCCCUCUGCUAAAACUGCUCUGUGCAUUAGCCCACACUUCGAGGAUGAUCACCCACACAUACUGUACAAGACCUUCCAAAACGGUAGCUGGGACUCAGAUCAACCCACUUCUAAGUCUCCUCUCCUCCAAGGCCAACAGUUCACCAUCAAGAUCCUUGUCACCGCACAGGCAUAUGAGAUAAGUGCCAACGGGGAAGAAUUAAUGGUCUAUAAUCACCGUAUGCCGUUCGCUCAAAUGAACAUCAUCUCAAUGGAGGGAAUGGAGCUGGAUUUCUUUGGCCAUCUUGUGUUUCAUAAAAAUCAGGUGGCAUCGUACAAAAAAGAACUGAUCAAUGGAUUAAAGCCUGGCAAAGUCAUUGUUAUUCAUGGAACUGUUAACUCUGACUGUAAAAGGAUUGUGAUUAAUCUGCGCCACAGGUAUGGGAUUGCAUUUCACUACCUGUGCCAUUUUGAGGAGAAUGCAGUUGUUCGCAAUACCUGGACGGACGGGCAGUGGGGGCGAGAAGAAAAGAGUGGAGACAUACCUUUUGCAAAUGGAGAGUUCUUUGAGAUGAAAAUCACCUGCAAAGCAAAGCAGUAUGAUGUGUCAGUGAACGGCCAGCAAGCACACACUUACAAGCAUCGCUUUACUAAUCUGGAUGACAUCGAUAUUGUUGAAGUCUGUGAAGAUCUACAGUUGUUUUCUCUGGAAGUCAAGGAUCCAUAGGAAGUGCAUAUUUAAAACUUCCACAAAUAAGUUCAUAUGCUUAAAACUACUUUUUUUUGUUGUUAAUGGCUUUGAAAUAUUAAACUGCUGGAGAUAACAUAUAUUUUUUUUCUGCCACUAUUUUAACUAUUGUGAAAUGUUAUUUUACACAUGCAAUGUCUCAGCUUCCAGACAGAUAUCACUAAAAUAGGUGUCUUAAGAAAUCCUGACUAUGUUUGCAAUAGAAUGCUACCACACACCUUUUAUCACAGCACUCUUUUCUGUAUGCAUAAAAUAACCUUUGUCAAACUGAGCAGUGACCUAUACAACAGAUAGUAUUGUAUGAAAUGCUGUAUCUCAUAAUGUAGUGCAUGCAACUGAACCUUUUAAAACAUUUCCAGUGAAAUAAAUAGGAGUAAUAUGUAGCUAAUGUUUCAAUGACUAUAAAAAAA